GCGGCGGAGGGUGGCCUCCCUGCGCGCGCGCCUGCCGCCUGCUCCCCUUCGCCAGGAGAGAUGGAGCCUCCUCAUUAUGUGGAAGAGCUGGAGGAUGAUGUGUUCCACCCGGAGGAUUCAGAGCCUGGUGCUCAGCCAGGGGGCCUGACCUCGGCUGCUCUGUUUGCCCAGAGCCAGCCCGACUAUAUGCUGGAUGGGCUGCAGCUUUUCCCUCUUACCCACUGCUGUGGCCCGGGACUUCGGUCAGUUGGCCAGGAAGACAAGGCCACUCAGACGCUCAGUCCAGCAUCUCCAAGCCAGGGUGUCAUGCUGCCUUGUGGAGUGACCGAAGAACCCCACCGACUCUUUUAUGGCAAUGCUGGAUACCGACUUCCCCUCCUAGCCAACUUUCCUGCGAGCCUGAGGCUUGGAGAGGAGCCCCCUGAAGAGCAGUGGGAACAUCGAGCUGAGGUGCAGAUUGCCCGAAAGCUUCAAUGCAUAGCAGACCAGUUUCACAGACUCCACAUGCAGCGGCACCAGCAGAACCAAAACCACGUGUGGUGGCAGAUCCUCCUCUUCCUUCACAAUUUGGCCUUGAACAGAGAGGAGAACAGGAAUGGGGCAGGCCCUAGGUGAGACGUUGCUGCCCCUCUCUGUGUGUGGACCACAGGGAGAAUCCCACUUCCACUCCUAUUCCUGGAGCAGGACAUCGGGUAGAACUCCAGGAAAACUGGCACUGUGUCUUGUGAAGUUUUGCUUUUUUUAUUAUUAUUAUUUUGAAAUUUUUUUUGUUUGUUUCUGGGGUUUUGUUUGUUUUACUAUCUUUUUGUACAUAAGACCAAUUCAACAAGGGACAUUUGCUCUGCUCCCAGCCAUCUCCCAGGCUGGGGAGCCUUGGUCAAACACUGUUGAAGGAAAGACUGGUGUGUCUGUGUUGAUGAGACCUUCUGCUGGCUCCCAGCAAAUGGACCUCUGAGGCAGCAGGUGUUGAAGAUGGCCAUCAACUAGUUUUUUUUUGGGAAGGAAGACAUCUUCCUAAGGACAUUGCUAACUAAUGAAGAGUUGGGUUUGGCCCCUCCCAGUUCACAAGAACAUCUCUUCUCCAUGGCUGAUGUUUGGCAUAGAUUCUAAUGCCCAAGCAUGGAGAUUAGGUUUGUGUGAGGAAAACAAACCAGAUGUGCUGACGUCAGUCCUGGGUUGGUCACCUUGCCUGGCUUCUCCCAUGAUCCCCUUUCCAGCAACUCUUUACUGUAGAUUGUGGCUGUGAAUUCCUUCCCCCCAGAGUAAAGAGAAGAUAGGUUUGCUGAACCUAAUACAGAGCACUGCUGGGUGGUAGUAGCACUGUUCUGACCAUUAUCCUUUGAACAUAAUGGAAAUUUACUCAAUAUGGGCUUCCAUCUUGGAUAUACAGCCAUCAGGGACUAAAGGGUUAGCAAGUUCAGCAGUCACUUAAUUGGUUAUAAAUUCAGGUCCAGCCCUGACCAUUGGCAGCCCCAGAGUAUGUAAUCCCAUGGACAACUGCCUCAGGAUCUCUAGCAUCACUCCCAAGGAUUGUGGGUGGGUGGGUAAGGCCACUCUGGCAUUCCCAGGCAUUGAAUUGGGUCCACAGCCAUAUGAGGCCUACUACUGAGUGAACCAAACUUAUAAGUAGGCUCUAGAUUUGGCAGUGACUCAGAAUUGAUAAGAAUAUUUUCUUCUAGGGACUAGAAGUUACUCAAAAGUAAAUUGACCUUCAUCUUGAAAUAAGUGGAGUGGUCAGUCAGCUUGUUGCAUCAGCUUCCUUUGUAGAGAAGGGAGAGGUGGAGGGCCAUCAGCUUCUCUUUGGAAAGCCACUCUGUGGGUAAAGGAGAACCCUGGUUUAAAAUUCUUGGUGAUGUGAGGCACUAGACAAGUGAUCAUUUUCCCAUUUAUUGGUGGGAGCAAAGUGUCAGGCCCUAAGAAAAUGAAAUUUCUGUUUUCUAUUGAAUUCUCCUUUGUACCUAAUGCUAGGUGGGAAAAAGCAAGGCAUAAGGGGUGGGGGUGGUUAAUGGUUUUUAUCUGCUGAACUAUGGAUUGUUGUUUUUUUGGGGCGGGGGGCAACAAAACAUAGAGCUAGGUUCAAGGCUGGGUUUCAGGUGGCUCCUUGUUUUUCCAUCUUCUCCUGGGUAUAACUCUUCUGCACUUGUCUGUCUGUUUCUCUCCCCACCCCCACCAAAGAAAACAGAAUGGCUGCCUGGCAUGUCUUGAAGGAGGGCUAGUCUGAAGAGGGAACAGGAAACACAUUAAUCAACUAUCUAGGAUUUAAAUUAUACUUUGAGGAAAAAAUCUCCAAGAAGGGAUACAAUUUAGUGCUGAAGGAACUUGGUUCAUGGAAGAAGAUGUUCUCCCUGAUGGGAGAGAAGGCUCCCAUUGGAUAUGGAAGAUGAGCUGCUCUCUGCCUCUUCUUUCAGCACCACAUUACCCUCAGGACUAGUGGGGUUGAGGGAGACAUUAGGUGGCUUCAGUUAGUUCUUUGGACAGAGGGAGCCAGUUUGUGGAGCAGGCUGCUGACUUGGUGCUUUUGUCGAGCCUAAGACCAUGGGACACCACUGUUUUUAGCUCCCUUCUGCUUGGAUUCCAUGGUGUCUCAUCCCAAGGCCUCCCUGACCAUAGCCUGGAAUCUCAUCUCAGGGUACAUACUGUAUUUUUUUGGCUAAGAAAGUUAGCUUGUAAUGAACAAAGAGAAGUCUUCCAGGGAACUGAGGCAGGGGCCUGGGGUGCAGGGCUUAUAAACAUGUGUCUCACAAAUGGACUUUGGGAAGGGUUCCUUUCACCUGCCCAUCUCUUGACCAAUACUGCUCUUCCCCUAAAUGUUCCCACUGGGAUUCCAGCAUCCUUCCCAGGGUGGGUCAUGGAUGUAUGUGCAUCCUCUUCCUUCCAUGGCUAUGAUACCGAAUACUCUGACUCCAGCUGUUACAGACAAUCUAAAUAAAGAGGAGUUUGCCAGCCUACCCCUAAUCCUUCAUGCUGGAGGGUGUGGAGAAGGGUUCUCCAAAGGGAGAAGGUCUAGGGUUGUCCUAAUGCCUCAUUUCCACCCGGGGCCCUUAAAACUGGGCUUUGAAGACAAAAUCUUUGCUCUUCUGUCUUGCAGAAGCUUUCCCCUUCUCCUUUUUCCUCCUCAACUCUAUCCCACAUGUGUGGGUUCAGUGCUUGGUUUCUUGUGGUUUUUCUGUCAAGCUGAGCUAUAGAGUCCUUGUGACUGGAGCAGCGGCUGCUCACGCCACAGCAGGGGAUCCCCCCCACCCCCCAACUCUUCACCUACCCCAUCCCACCAUCCUCUGUGGCCUCCCUUCCCUCUCUCCCCACAAAACUGCUAACCGAUGUGAGGUCAGGAACUGAGUAUGUCCUCAGACAAGCCUGGGCAAAAUUUUAAAACUAAAUGGAGGAGACUGGGAGGUGGGGAAAGGGCUGAUUUUGUAUUGUUUAAGAUUCUAUCCCUUGCUUUCCCCACCUCCCACUGUGUGAAAAGGCUGGAAUGGUUCCUAGGUCUGGCCUCUGAGACACUCCCCCUGCCAGUAGCCUGGCUGCCUCUUGGGGUGGGGAAGUAGGAGGGGAGCAAGCCAGAAUAGUGACCUGUGACCAGCUGAAGACUGGAGUGGGGUUCUGAGGGGAGAACAGAGCCAUAUUAUUCAUCCUAGAAUUUCUCUUGGGAGCCCCCUUGUGAAUAUCAGUGUAGUCCCCUGGCCCAGGAGCUUGGUGUCCCACAGUUAGGGGUCUGUAGCUGCUGGAACGGAUCAGCCAAAGAAGGGAGCAAGAUGGUUUGUGUAGCAGCCUGGGGCCAAACCCGGGACUCCUUUUCUCAGUGGAGUUGGUUGGAUUUGAAAGGAAGGGGGAGGGGGUAUCUGAGACAUGCCCUCUUCCUCCUCCCCCCUAGAUUUGAGAAGCAGAAAUAAGUGUCUGUGUGAGCCUCCUACUCUUGGGUCUCUAGGGAGUUGACCUUUCUGAAGCCUCCUACUCUUGCUCAAUCCAAAGUGGAAAAAAAUCACCUCCCAAUGACCUACAAACCAGUUCCCUAGGGGUGUGUGUUUGUGUUCAGAGCAGACAACUGUGGCUUCUAAGCACUGGGAGGACUUAGUGCAACCCAAGUGGCCCGUUGCAGGCACCAGGACUGUUCUCCUGGCCCCAUCACAUUGAAUGCACUGGAAUAUGUGUGUGCUUUUUGUAUGUGUGUGUGUAUGUGUGUAUGCAUAUAUGUGGGAAAAGUACACAGACAGAAAUGGUGCUCCUGCCAGUUGUCCGGGGAAGGGUCUGAUCCUUCACUGUGGCUACUUUCUGAGAAGUGAGAACUAGGGAAGCCAAUUUCUAUGCUUUUCCUUUUCAUGAGAUUUCCUGCCUUUAGGGGGAAGUUUUUUUUUUUUAAUGGGGGGAAGAGUAAGAGAAGAAACGGGAAUGGGAUGGCUUAGGAUACAUGUGGGUGUCUGGUGUUUGCUGCAAAUCAUAUGCUGGAGAGCCUUGUCCUGGAACUUCCCUGAGUCAGAGGGCCCCUACUGGGAAGGACAGGGUGGAUCCCAGUUCUUGGGAGGAUAGGAGGUAGUUAGUGUGAAUCCCCCCACUCCCAUCCCCAUCUCUCUGAUGGCCUUGAGGCAGUUUGCUCACUUGUCAGGACUUGAGGAAGACCCAAGCACCAGGGUUGGCAGUAGGUAUUUAGGAUUUGAUGGGGCCUGCAACCCAAACAGCUUCCCAGGGCUUUCCCUUGUGGAUGUGACUGACUUCCUUCUUCCAACUUGCUUCUAAUGCCAUGGUUUUGCUGCUUCCUGGACUGUUGCCAGUGCUGGGCAGAGGUUUUUCUAACUGGUGCUUGCCCCUUGGUGCUCAGUGCCCUCUGGAGAUAGGGGGCCCUGGGGCGUGCACGCCACACAUUCUCUCUCCACAGCUGGCAGACCUCAUCUGCUUGAAUCCAAAUGGCCCUGCUCUCAGAAGCUGGCCGGCUGGUUAACCCACCUUCUUCUCCCUCCCCCUUCCCCCUCAAUCCACACCAACUGGGCUAUUCCCAAGAGGCAUAGACCCCAUUUCUCUGCUGUGGAUGGAGACCCAGUGAGAAUGUAGCAUUUUGUUGUCCCUGCUGACGUAUCUCCAGGACUCUGCCCUUUGCCUCCUGGGACCUGGCAGGGAAAGAGAGGGAGGGAAGGAGAAUUGGGGGAGGGGGAAGAGGGAGGGGAAUUGAGGAAAGGAAACCUGUUUUAUAUCUGUACAGUAUACUGGCUUUAUGUUCUUCACCCACAUACAUAUAUGUGUAUAUAUAUGGAGUCUUUUUUUCAGCAACUGGUACAAUUUUUAAUAAAAUC